GGAGGAGGAGAGCGGCGGCGGCGGCGGCGGGAGCAGCGAAGGGGGCAGCGGGGAUCCUCGGGGCUGCCGGCUGAGAAGGCGUGGGCACCCCGGUGUGUGGCGCGCCCGGAGCCCCGCGUUUCAGCCCGAGGGAAGGAAGCCAGUUGAGGGCAGUUCUCCAUGAAUGUACGUCACAAUGAUGAUGACCGACCAAAUCCCUCUGGAACUACCGCCAUUGCUGAACGGAGAGGUAGCCAUGAUGCCCCACUUGGUGAAUGGGGAUGCAGCUCAGCAGGUCAUUCUUGUUCAAGUUAAUCCAGGUGAGACUUUCACAAUAAGAGCGGAGGAUGGAACACUUCAGUGCAUUCAAGGACCUGCUGAAGUUCCCAUGAUGUCACCCAAUGGAUCCAUUCCUCCCAUCCAUGUGCCUCCAGGUUAUAUCUCACAGGUGAUUGAAGACAAUACUGGAGUCCGCCGGGUGGUGGUCACACCCCAGUCUCCUGAGUGUUACCCCCCAAGCUACCCCUCAGCCAUGUCUCCAACCCACCACCUACCCCCCUACCUGACUCACCACCCCCAUUUUAUUCAUAACUCACACACGGCUUACUACCCACCUGUUACUGGACCUGGAGAUAUGCCGCCGCAGUUUUUUCCUCAGCACCAUAUUCCCCCUACAAUAUACGGCGAGCAAGAAAUUAUACCACUCUAUGGAAUGUCAAGCUACAUUACCCGGGAAGACCAGUACAGCAAGCCUCCACACAAAAAACUGAAAGACCGCCAGAUUGACCGCCAGAACCGCCUCAACAGUCCCCCAUCUUCUAUCUACAAAAGCAACUGCACACCCGUGUACAACGGCUACGGGAAGGGCCACAGUGCUGGAGGAGGCGGAGGCAGUGGAGGCGGCGGCGGGGGCGGGCCAGGGAGUAAGAAAACAGAGCGGCGAGCAAGGAGCAGUCCGAAGUCGAAUGAUUCAGAUUUGCAAGAAUAUGAGUUGGAAGUAAAGAGGGUGCAAGACAUUCUUUCAGGAAUAGAGAAACCACAGGUUUCUAAUAUUCAGGCAAGAGCGGUUGUGCUGUCCUGGGCUCCCCCUGUUGGACUUUCAUGUGGACCCCACAGCGGUCUUUCUUUCCCCUACAGCUAUGAGGUCGCCUUAUCCGACAAAGGACGGGACGGAAAGUACAAGAUAAUUUACAGUGGAGAAGAAUUAGAAUGUAACCUGAAAGAUCUCAGACCAGCGACUGAUUAUCAUGUGAGGGUAUAUGCCAUGUACAAUUCCGUAAAGGGAUCCUGCUCCGAGCCUGUUAGCUUCACCACCCACAGCUGUGUACCUGAGUGUCCCUUCCCACCGAAGCUGGCACACAGGAGCAAAAGUUCGCUAACCUUGCAGUGGAAGGCACCAAUUGAUAAUGGUUCAAAAAUCACCAACUACCUUUUAGAAUGGGAUGAGGGGAAAAGAAACAGUGGUUUCAGACAGUGCUUCUUUGGGAGUCAGAAGCACUGCAAGUUGACAAAGCUUUGUCCAGCAAUGGGGUACACGUUCAGGCUGGCUGCUCGGAAUGAUAUCGGCACCAGUGGUUAUAGCCAAGAGGUGGUAUGUUACACAUUAGGAAACAUUCCUCAGAUGCCCUCUGCACCAAGACUUGUUCGAGCUGGAGUCACAUGGGUCACGUUGCAGUGGAAUAAACCAGAAGGCUGUUCACCUGAGGAAGUGGUCACCUACACCUUGGAAAUCCAGGAGGAUGAAAAUGAUAACCUUUUCCACCCAAAAUACACUGGAGAGGACUUAACCUGUACUGUGAAAAAUCUCAAAAGAAGCACACAGUAUAAAUUCAGGCUGACUGCUUCUAAUGUGGAAGGGAAGAGUUGUCCAAGUGAAGUUCUGGUGUGUACGACAAGCCCUGACCGGCCUGGGCCUCCCACAAGACCCCUCAUUAAAGGACCAGUUACAUCUCACGGCUUUAGUGUCAAAUGGGAUCCUCCAAAGGACAGUGGUGGUUCAGAAAUACUCAAGUACUUGCUGGAGAUUACUGAUGGAAAUUCUGAAGCGAGUCAGUGGGAAGUGGCGUACAGUGGAUCGGCUACGGAAUACACUUUCACCCACUUGAAACCAGGCACUUUGUACAAACUCCGGGCAUGCUGCAUCAGUACUGGUGGACACAGUCAGUGUUCCGAAAGUCUCCCUGCUCGCACACUAAGCAUUGCACCAGGUCAGUGUCGACCACCGAGGGUCUUGGGUCGACCAAAGCACAAAGAAGUCCACUUAGAGUGGGAUGUUCCUGCCUCAGAAAGUGGCUGCGACCAGGUCUCGGAGUACAGCGUGGAGAUGACAGAACCUGAGGAUGUAGCUUCCGAGGUGUACCACGGGCCAGAGCUCGAGUGCACCGUUGGCAACCUACUCCCCGGAACCAUGUAUCGUUUCCGGGUGAGGGCUCUGAAUGACGGAGGGUAUGGCCCCUAUUCUGAUGUCUCAGAAAUUACCACUGCUGCUGGGCCUCCUGGACAGUGCAAAGUACCUUGUAUUUCUUUUACACCUGAUGGAUGUGUCCUAGUGAGUUGGGAGAGUCCUGAGAGCUCUGGUGCCGACAUCUCAGGGUACAGGUUGGAAUGGGGAGAAGAUGAAGAAUCCUUAGAACUCAUUUAUCAUGGGCCAGACACCGGCUUUGAGAUCAGGGAUCUGUUGCCCGCUGCACAAUAUUGCUGUAGACUACAGGCUGUCAAUCAAGCUGGAGCAGGACCGUAUAGUGAGCUUGUCCUCUGCCAGACACCAGCAUCUGCCCCUGACCCUGUCUCCACUCUCUGUGUCCUGGAAGAGGAGGCCCUCAAUGCCUACCCUGAUUCACCUUUUGUGUGCCUUGUACUGAACUGGGAAGAGCCGUGCAAUAAUGGAUCUGAAAUCCUUGCUUACAAUAUUGAUCUUGGAGACGCUAGCAUCACCGUGGGCAAUACCAGCACCCAUGUCCUAAAAGACCUCCUUCCAGAAACCACCUACCGGAUCAGAAUUCAGGCUGUAAAUGAAAUUGGAGCUGGACCGUUUAGUCAGUUCAUUAGGGCAAAAACUCGGCCAUUACCACCCUUGCCUCCGAGGCUUGAAUGUGCUGCCGCAGGGCCCCAGAGCCUGAAGCUGAAAUGGGGAGACAGUAACACCAAGACACACGCAGCCGAUGACAUGGUGUACACACUGCAGUUGGAGGACAGAAACAGGAGGUUUAUUUCCAUCUACAGAGGACCCAGCCACACCUACAAAGUCCAGAGACUGACAGAAUUCACAUGCUACUCCUUCAGAAUCCAGGCAUCGAGCGAGGCUGGGGAUGGGCCCUUCUCAGAAACUUAUACCUUCAGCACAACCAAAUGCAUACCCCCCACCAUCAAAGCACCUCGAGUAACACAGUUGGAAGGAAAUUCAUGUGAAAUUUUAUGGGAGACGGUACCACCAAUGAAAGGUGACCCUGUCAACUACAUCCUGCAGGUAUUGGUUGGAAGAGAAUCUGAGUACAAACAGGUAUACAAGGGAGAAGAUGCAACAUUCCAAAUCUCAGGCCUCCAGACCAACACAGACUACCGGUUCCGCGUGUGUGUGUGCCGCCGCUGUUUAGACACCUCUCAGGAGCUAAGCGGAGCGUUCAGCCCCUCUGCGGCUUUUGUAUUACAACGAAGUGAGGUCAUGCUUACAGGGGACAUGGGGAGCUCAGACGAUCCCAAAAUGAAGAGCAUGAUGCCUACUGAUGAACAGUUUGCAGCCCUCAUUGUGGUUGGCUUUGCAACUUUGUCCAUUUUAUUUGCCUUUAUAUUACAGUACUUCUUAAUGAAGUAAACAAACCCAACAAAACUAGAGGUAUGAAUUUAAUGCUACACAUUUUAAUACACACAUUUAUUCAGAUACUCCCCUUUUUAAGCCCUUCUGUUCUUUGAUUUAUAUACUUCUCUUGUUUUACAGAUUUAGCUAGAAAAAAAAAAAAAUCAGUGUUUUGGUGCACCUUUUUGAAAUGCAAAACUAGGAAGAGAUUAAACUGGAUUUAAAAAAAAAAAAAGAAGAAGAAGAAAAGCAAACCAGAUACCAAAAGCUAGCUUUAUGUUUUCUUUUAAAUUUUCAGAUUUGCCUUUAUUCUGUUUUCAUUGAUGUCUUUUGCAAGCCUUUGAUUUUUUUUUUUCUUCCAUGUUACGGUUUAGUAAUUUAUAUUCACCAGUCACUUCUUUUGUCUUGAUCAUCUGUCUCUGUGAACAUGAAUCACAGUGUGUGUCCUUACAGGUCUAGGAUUUCAGUGUUGUCAGAGUAUAUUACCACACAACCACAACCGCAACAACAACGUACAGAAGAUGUGUUCACUCAGAUAAGGCUGCCCUAAACGAC